AAACACCGGGAGCCGCAGACACAGGAAGAGGCCAAGGGCUGGGAGACACCAGAGCUCCCUAGAGCUUGAGGUCAGGAUAUCAGUCUCGGAAAUCCCCUGCAAGUCCAGGGAAUUGCAAAGGUGCUCCCAAGAAUAGCUAAAGAGACUGCAUGUGUCGCCGCUUCCCCGCGGACCGCCCCUCCGUAAGCCACGCCCACAGCGCCUACUUCUCAGGAUGCAGAAAGCUAAGGUUUAAGGGUCUCUGGUCCACCGACGCCAGCUUGUCUCGCUCUCCAGCAGCCCCGCUAGCUCUCAGGACUGCCCUACCCCCACGGUUUGGAGAUCUGCGGGACCCCUUGGUUUCCCCCUCCAGCUGGGCGUUCCGCCCCUGGCCUAUGAAACUCCACCUCCUCAUUCUCUGCUGGCCAGGAUUGGUGGGUCUCCCACGGCGAUGCCUAGCGAUUGGUCCCCAUGGAUGAUGGUGACCAGCGAGACUCCACCCCCAGCCGGCGCUGGGGUCUGGGGGCACUGCUCAGCGGCGCUGGGCUGGCGAGGCUUGAGCCGCCGCCGCACUGACAGCUCCGUCUGUGGACCAUGGAGACUGGCGCCGGUCCACACCCGCUGCGCCUGUUCGUCUGCCUGAUGCCACUCUGCCUCGCUCUGCUUCUGGGACCCGGGCGGCCCGGGACCGCCGAGGAAGUUAUCCUCCUGGACUCCAAAGCCUCCCAGGCUGAACUGGGUUGGACUGCUCUGCCAAGUAAUGGGUGGGAGGAGAUUAGUGGUGUGGACGAACAUGACCGUCCCAUCCGCACGUACCAAGUGUGCAACGUGCUGGAGCCCAACCAGGACAACUGGCUGCAGACAGGUUGGAUCAGCCGCGGCCGUGGGCAGCGCAUCUUCGUGGAACUACAGUUCACACUGCGAGACUGCAGCAGCAUCCCUGGCGCUGCAGGCACCUGCAAAGAGACCUUCAACGCUUACUACCUGGAAACCGAGGCCGACCUGGGACGUGGGCGUCCCCGCCUAGGAGGCAACCGGCCCCGCAAGAUUGACACUAUCGCAGCUGAUGAGAGCUUCACGCAGGGCGACCUGGGGGAGCGCAAGAUGAAGCUGAACACAGAGGUGCGUGAGAUCGGCCCCCUCAGCCGGCAAGGCUUCCACCUGGCCUUCCAGGAUGUGGGUGCAUGUGUGGCGCUGGUCUCCGUGCGUGUCUACUACAAGCAGUGUCGUGCCACAGUGCGGGGACUGGCGUCCUUCCCAGCCACAGCAGCCGAGAGUGCCUUCUCCACGCUGGUGGAAGUGGCUGGAACAUGCGUGUCCCACUCGGAAGGGGAACCUGGCAGUCCUCCCCGUAUGCACUGUGGUGCUGACGGCGAGUGGUUGGUGCCGGUGGGCCGCUGCAGCUGCAGUGCAGGAUUCCAGGAACGUGGUAACAUCUGUGAAGCCUGUCCCCCAGGGUUUUUCAAGGUGUCCCCAAGGCGGCCCCUCUGCUCACCGUGCCCGGAGCAUAGCCUGGCUCUGGAGAACGCCUCUACAUUCUGCGUGUGCCAGGACACCUACGCUCGCUCACCCACUGACCCGCCCUCAGCCUCCUGCACCCGGCCGCCGUCGGCGCCACGGGACCUGCAGUACAGCCUGAGCCGCUCCCCCCUGGCGCUGCGGCUGCGCUGGCUGCCGCCUGCCGACUCCGGCGGCCGUUCCGACGUCACCUACUCGCUGCUGUGCCUGCUCUGCGGCCGCGACGGCCCGGCGGGCGCAUGCCAACCCUGCGGGCCACGUGUGGCCUUCGUCCCGCGCCAGGCCGGCCUGCGGGAACGCGCCGCCACGCUGCUGCACCUGCGGCCGGGCGCGCGCUACACCGUGCGCGUGGCCGCGCUCAACGGCGUCUCAGGCCCGGCAGCCGCCGCGGGAGCCACCUACGCGCAGGUCACCGUGUCCACCGGACCCGGGGCACCCUGGGAGGAGGAUGAGAUCCGCAGGGACCGAGUGGAGCCCCAGAGCGUGUCCCUGUCGUGGCGGGAACCUGUCUCUGCUGGAGCUCCCGGAGCCAAUGGCACAGAGUAUGAGAUCCGCUACUAUGAGAAGGGUCAGAGUGAGCAGACUUACUCCACAGUGAAGACAGGGGCACCGGCUGUCACUGUCACCAACCUGAAGCCUGCUACUAGAUACGUUUUUCAGAUCCGGGCAGCCUCCCCAGGGCCAUCAUGGGAGACCCAGAGCUUCAACCCAAGUAUCGAAGUGCAGACCCCAGGGGAAGUUGCCUCGGGGUCCAGAGACCAGAGCCCUGCAGUCGUUGUUACUGUUGUGACCAUCUCAGCCCUGCUGGUCCUGGGCUCUGUGAUGAGUGUGCUGGCCAUCUGGAGGAGGCCCUGCGAUGGCAAAGGAAGCGGGGACGCCCACGACGAGGAGGAACUGUAUUUCCAUUUCAAAGUCCCGACACGCCGCACAUUUCUGGACCCCCAGAGCUGCGGGGACCCGCUGCAGGCUGUGCAUCUGUUCGCCAAGGAGCUCGAUGCCAAAAGCGUCACCCUGGAGAAGAGCUUGGGAGCAGGACGAUUUGGGGACCUGUGCUGUGGCUGCCUGCAGCUGCCUGGUCGCCAGGAGCUGCCUGUGGCCGUACACACUCUGAGGGAUGGUUGCUCCGACUCCCAGAGGCUCAGCUUCCUGGCUGAGGCCCUCACCCUUGGCCAGUUUGACCACAGCCAUAUUGUGCGGCUGGAAGGAGUUGUCACCCGAGGAAACCCCUUGAUGAUCGUCACGGAGUACAUGAACCUCGGGGCCCUUGAUGACUUCCUCAGGCAUCACGAGGGGGAGCUGAUGGCCGCCCAGUUGAUGGGUCUGCUGCCUGGGCUGGCAUCGGCCAUGAAGUAUCUGUCACAAAUGGGCUAUGUGCACCGGGGUCUGGCAGCCCGCCGAGUGCUCGUCAGCAGUGGCCUCAUCUGUAAGAUCUCUGGCUUUGGGCGGGGUCCCCGGGACCGAGCAGAAGCUGUCUACACCACUAUGAGUGGCCGGAGCCCAGCACUCUGGGCAGCUCCUGAGACGAUUCAGUUUGGCCACUUCAGCUCUGCUAGUGACGUGUGGAGCUUUGGCAUUGUCAUGUGGGAGGUGAUGGCCUUUGGGGAGCGGCCCUACUGGGACAUGUCUGGACAAGAUGUGAUCAAGGCUGUGGAGGAUGGCUUCCGGCUGCCACCCCCCAGGAACUGCCCCUCCCCACUACACCGGCUGAUGCUUGACUGCUGGCAGAAGGACCCAGGUGAGCGGCCCAGGUUCUCCCAGAUCCACAGCAUCCUGAGCAAGAUGGGGCAGGAGCCAGAGCCCUCCAAGUGUGCCGCGAACACCUGCCUCAGGCCUCCCACCCCCCUGGCAGACCGUGCCUUCUCUACCUUUCCCUCCUUUGGCUCUGUGGGUGCCUGGCUGGAGGCCCUGGACCUGUGCCGCUACAAGGACAACUUCUCUGCAGCUGGCUACGGAAGCCUGGAGGCUGUGGCUGAGAUGACCGCCCAGGACCUGGGGAACCUGGGUAUCUCUUCCGCUGAGCAUCGAGAAGCCCUCCUGAGUGGGAUCAACGCCCUGCAGACUCGAGUGCUGCAGCUACAGGGCCAGGGGGUACAGGUGUGAGCAGCUCAAUCCUGCCCAAGGACCUGCAAGCUACACCUCCCUUGGGUGGGAGGAGCGAGCGCUCUCAUACUCUUAGUGGGCCCUGAGCGGGUUGGUACCACGUUAUCCCCCACAUUUCAUAUUUCCUCUCAACACCUUGCUGACCUAGUGGUCCUACAAAAGAGGUUCAGAUCCCUGGAGAGGACCCCAGAGAUAACAGUAGGAAGCAUUUUAGGGUGUCAAGGGCAAAGCUGGUUGGGGGAAGACAGUCAAUUUCAGUUGUCCUGCCUCAGGCCCCUUGGUCUUCCACGCCCACUUCGGGUUGGGCCUAAUCAGUGGGCAUCUCAUUUCCUCAGAGAGCUUUUAGCCUACUAGGCAGUAAGGGUUCCUGAGAGAGACCCAUUGGUUGUAGCAGAGGCCACAGCUGCCUGGUCAUCUGAGUAUGGGACCCUGGGCUAGUGGGUAGUGUCCCUUAAUUCCUAUGCCAAGGCCCAAGCAGGAAAGUGGUGCUGAGCUCAGGGACUGGACCCCCAGGUGGAGGCUUCAGAGCUUAUGGCUUCCUGCCUUGGCUUAGCAGGUCAGGGUGAGGGCCAGGUUCCUACUAGGGCACACAAGGUCCUGGUGCUCCCCUGAGCCUGGCUGUCUCAUGUGUUUGGGAACUGAUUCAGAAGAGCACGGGGUAGAGGGGGGAGGUGUUGCUCUGCAUUCUGGAGAGUAGAGAGGAGAAAGAGACUGAGGAGGCAGUGGUUUUGACAGGCCGGUCCAGCCCCAUUGUAUAUAGAUGGGGAAGUCAGAGUUUAUAAUCUCAGAGCCAGGGUUUGAUGCCAGACCAUAAUCCAGGGAGUGGGCUGGCUCUGGAGAGAGCUUGCCUUUCCCCAUCACACCAGCACUGUUCCCUGGGCAGCCCAGCGAGUCCUUGAUGGGCGAGUCCCUUCAGGCUGCUCUGCCCCCACACGCCAUGCUUCCUCCUCUGUAGAGUGCCUGUGUGUGUGUGCGUGUGCGCAUGUGUGUGUGUGUAUGUGUGUGUG